AUAGGGAAAUUUGUAAUAAACGGUCAAGGCCCGCAGCGGUCCGCAACUUGUGACGCCAACCAUGUCUCGCAAGCGUCGACGUUCUCAGGCUAUUCCUGCUGAGGAGGAGCACGACGUAGAGCACACGUCAGAUGCGGAUACUACUGGAGAAGGACAUGACUCCGAAGAACGGAGGAAGGAACUCGAAAUUUGGGAUGCAUUCAAAGAGGAACAUCACGAGAUACUCGAGCAGCUUCCGUUGUCCCUUCAUCGCCAGUACACGCUCAUACGCGAACUGGAUGAUCAAAGCGAGGGUACGUGUAAUCAAGUUCCGUCUGUGUUUGAUCGCACUGGAGCUGCUGUAUUUUCAGUCUAUCAUGCAGAUUUGCUGGACAAUGUGCGGAAGUAUAUCGCACUGCGUACACAGCUUGCAUCACGGCCGGGUAUAAUCGUCGACACAAAUCAGAAUAAAUUGAACAUCUCGGCCGCGUUAGAUCCAGAGGCCAUGCCGGUGGAUCCACCUCAGGCAACAGGAUCCCCACCUCGAAACGAUCAAGUCAACAAUGACUCGCCCGCUGAAGUACCAAAUGACUCAAAGGAUGCAAGUCCUACUGCUUCCGUUUCGCGCAGCCUGGAGUCUCCAUCUAUUGAGAUGCCCACUUCAAAACAAACAACUCGGAUAUUGCUGCAACACAUCGCGCAGGCAUCAGAAGAGGUCCUCCGUGCCUCUGAGGAGAAAGUCAAUAUCGCACAGACUGCUUACGAAACGGUUGAUCGACAUAUCCGUCUUUUGGACCAAGCUAUCAAGGAACAAGAGGCAUCCAUCUCUCUGGGAAUUCGUCCAGGGACACAUCUCGCUCCGAUACUUCUUCCCGACCUCGUCGUACCGCGCUGGGCACGCCCGACCCGCAUAGAACACAGCCCUACACCCUCACUUUCCCUAGAACUUCCCGCUGACCCUUUGCCUCAAGAUCUCACAGAUGAGCUGCAUGCGGAGUCUGCAAGACUUGGCAGGGGCAGAAAGGCGCGCAAGAAACCGGAGCCACAAUUUGAGACCUCGCCACCACCCCCUGAAGAAGUUUUGAGGAUGCCAGCCACUCGCACGACGAGGAGCGUGAAGCUCAAAAUUCCAGCUCAAGCAGGACCUGCGGAUCCGAACGAACUGAGGUAUUGUUAUUGUAACCAGGUGUCGUUUGGCACGAUGAUCGCUUGCGAUAGUGAUGAUUGCAAGGUGGAAUGGUUUCACCUGCCAUGUACUGGUCUCAGUGAAGCUCCCAAAAGGCGGAAAUGGUAUUGCCAGAGUUGCAUGACACAGAAAGGCAAAAAACGAUGAUCUCGACGCACCUGUCUGUUUGCACCGUUGCCACUUGUACACUGACGAUGUA